AGCCGCGCCGGGCGCCCUCGGGGUCGCUCGCACCAGGCAAAGGCGGGCCCUGGAAGCCGCUGGCCUUCCCUGCGCUGAACGCCCAGCGCCAGUUUUCAAAACGUUUUGACAAAAAGGGAGAAGCCACCCCAGGGCGGAUGGCCACGCCGCCGUCCCUUCCCUCCUCUUGGAUUCUGAGCACGCACGCCUGGCGGGAGGCUUAAGCCGCCGCGUCUGGGACUCGAACAGCGGCGCAGUGCGUGGGAGUCCAGCUACCAGCCAGGACGCCGUCUGCGCCCCCAAAACAACGGCAGUUGCCCCGGUCUGGACCCGGGUAACCUUUACGUGAAACGCCGAGACCUCCCCUCGUACGCGGAAGACAGACUGGCCGGCGGGGCAGCCGCGACGUGGACAAUGACGAUGGCCCUGAGCGACCUGCAGAGCAUCGUCCACAACCCGAUCAUUCCCUACGUUGGCACCAUUCCAGAGCGGCUGGAGCCUGGAACCUUGAUCGUGAUCCGCGGGCACGUUCCCGGUGAUGUGGACAGGUUCCAGGUGGACUUCCAGUGUGGCAGCAGCGUGAAGCCGCGGGCGGACGUGGCCUUCCACUUCAACCCUCGAUUCAAAAGGACCAACUGCAUCGUGUGCAACACUCUGAAGAAUGAGAAGUGGGGGUGGGAAGAGAUCACCUACGACACGCCUUUCAAAAAAGAGAAGUCUUUCGAGAUCGUGGUCAUGGUGCUGAGGGACAAGUUCCAGGUGGCUGUGAACGGGAAGCACACACUGCUCUACGCGCACAGGAUCGGCCUGGAGCGCAUCGACACCCUGGGCAUCUACGGCAAAGUGAGCGUGCACUCCGUGGGCUUCCGCUUCAGCUCGGAGAGCGCCCGCCACAGCUUCCUGCCCACGUUUUCUGAAAUGGAUUUACAGAAGAUCCAAGCAUCUACUCUGGAACUGACAGAGAUACGCAAAGAAAAUGUAGAGAAACCUGGCACGCCCCCGUUGCCUAGUAAUAGAGGAGACGUUUCUAAAGCCGUACCCAGAACUGUCUGCACCAAGAGCAGAGGCUCGCCUGGCCACCACACUGUGACUUGCACCAAAGUGCUGCCUACCAGCUGUCUGUCAGAGACCCUGCCAUUUGUCGCCAGGUUGAACUCCCCGAUGGGCCCUGGACGAACGGUGGUCGUGAAGGGAGAAGUGAACACAAAUGCCAAAGGCUUCAACAUUGACCUCGUAGCAGGGAAAUCAAAGGAUAUCGCCCUUCACUUGAACCCGCGCCUGAAUAUCAAAGCCUUUGUGAGGAACUCAUUCCUUCAGGAGUCCUGGGGGGAAGAAGAGAGGAGCAUCACCAGUUUUCCGUUCAGCCCUGGGAUGUACUUUGAGAUGAUCGUCUACUGCGACGUCCAGGAGUUCAAGGUCGCGGUCAACGGCAUGCACAGCCUGGAGUACAAACACCGGUUUAAGGAUCUUGGCAGCAUCGACACCCUGGAAGUGGACGGCGACAUCCACCUGCUGGAUGUGAGGAGCUGGUAGCCGGCAGCCACCAGAGAAAGCCAAUACACUGGGCUGUGUGCACGGCCUUGCGCACACUGCUCCUUCACUCGCUGGCAGCUUCCUUGCCCCGGUCUGGGCGGGCGCCGUCCUCGCCAGCGCAGGCUAGUGCUGAGGGAGGGCGUCUGCGGCAGCAGCAGCUCAGGCACUCCGCUCGCUCGCUCCCACCGUGGCCUCCUCUCUAGAACCACACUUAACAAGCAUUUACCAAGUGCCUAUGCAGGACACACCGGGGUGCCCCAGCAUGUUUGCUCAGCGUGUGCUCAGGGCAGUGCUCAGACCCCCACAGGGCCAGGCUGUGAGCUCGGGCCGUCACCCCCAGAGGCUCCAGCAGGCUCCAGUCUUCAGGGCUCAGCCUGCCUGCAGACUCUAAGCACAGCCAGUCUCUCUGGGUGGCUGUCACAGCCUGCAUUCCUUCUCCCCAGUCGGGGCUGAGAACCCUCGAGCUCUGCUUCACCAGGUCGUUCCUGACUCCGAACAUAGCCUGGAAGUCAGGCAGCACAAACCAAACACAGAGUUGGAACGAACCGGGCCAAGCGCCAGGUGGCUGAUCUGUGUUCUUGCUGGAACUCGGUGUGUCACAGGCCUGUGAGUACCACAGCAUUCCAGGUGACGUGUCCACAGCCAACAGCGAUGCCAAGAAUGGGCUUAGGGGACUUAGGAGAUAGGUGCUAUCAGAGUGAGACCUGGGGAGGGAGAGCGCAGGUGGGGGCCCAGUUCCUGGACCACCGUGCUCAGACGGGUGCUGCCUGCGCUCCUUCCUGCGCCUGCCACCGCCCGCAGCUGAGCACAAACUCCGCUCCCUCUGAAACCGAGGCAGUCCUGCUCCUGCGGGUCGGACUGCGACUGCUGCGUCUCGUUUCUGCUCCUGGAAGGGAGCCGGCAGGUGUUGUGUGGAGGCUCUUUACUGGCCAGGUCUUGGCAGAGGCAAUCUCACAGGUUUGGGAGUGGGGCCGGAAAAGCCAAGUAGAUCGUUUUAUUCUAUGAAACUGCUGGGAAAACUCAGCCAGGGCCUGGGAGCAUGUUCACUACAGCUUGAAUUAGGCACUAUUCAUGUCCGUUUGCUAGAAUGGCAUUACCAGUUUUCUUUCUUAAAAAGCACUCUGGGGCCGGCAGGUGGCGUGGUGGUUAAGGGCGCGGGACUCCCGCGUGGCUGACUGUGGUUCAAGCACGAGACCUGGCAGCUUGCUUCCUCACU